GGUGCCAAAGUGCCAACAGCUAACUCCCACUGAGAAAAGUGAAAGCCAACGCCCCGCUGUGAGCUCCUCAGCCCGGCCCUCCCUCCUCACACAGAGGCAGAGUUCAUGUGGAGCUGCUGUGGUCGUGACCGAGCUCAGCCAGUGUACACUUCACGGAGACUUUUACAGCGGAGACGUUGAUUCAUCCGCCUUGGAGGGGAAAAAAAUCAAGCUAACUGUCAACUGAGCUGCAGCCGUAACGUUAAAACACUGGAAUAUUUUUUCUUUAGCGACUUUAUUCAAACGCUGUUCGUCGGUUGCUGGCGAUAAGGCUCACAGACAUACGCUCGGUAUAUAAUAAGUUAGUUGUUACAGAAUGGCUGAUACAACCGCGUCCAGCCCCGCUGCUAACUGCGUGGAGAAGCUGAAAAGUUACGUGAAAACCCAAAAAGGGGUUAUCCUCGCAGCAGAAAUAUUGAUCAGUUUCAUUAUCAUCAUCUGCUACGCUGCGUCCAUGUAUGGAGGCUACUCGGCCGUCGCCAUCUGCGAGAUGAUCUUCGCCAUGGUCUUCUUCGGCAUCUUCAUGAUGGAGAUGGACAAGCAGAUUCUAGUGGUCAACUGGGUCUGGAGCGAUCUUUUCCGUGCCGGUAUUGGUGCGGUCCUUUACAUCAUCACCUCUCUGAUCUGUGUAAUCGGAGGGUCCGGGGACGGCGCUCGCAUCGCAGGCGGGGUCUUUGGUUUGAUCGCGGGCAUACUGUUCGCCUACGACACCUACACCAUCUUUUUGCAAGUCAAGGGCACCAUGCAGCACACGGCAGCUUCUACCGACGAGAGAGUUUAAGCUCUCCGACACAUGCACGUCUGCCAAGAAUUCAGCAGAAGAACAGAGAGGAAGUUGUGCAGAAGUUGACAAACGAGUGGAUCAGAAAGGACAAUGGACAAUAAAAUGACCAGGUCACAGUUUAAUCAAUGCUACUGUAUGGUGGGAACAGAUGAGAGAUUUCUUUAAGGGACGUGCCCGAGAGGAGGGCGACGUAGCCAAAGUGAGUGGUACUGCCUGCACGUCAAGACAAAACAAAAUCGUGUCCACACGACGAAUUUCCCUCACAAACCUUAAUGUACCACUGAUUAAAAAGGGAAAACUGUAAAUACCAGCCAAUGGAUGUCAUCAAGCAGCUUGUCUAAUACACAUCUACUGUUAAAGGAUCGCUGUAGUAAGAAGUAACUCUGCCAUUUGGACUUAAGAAGUAACUGACACAUGAUCGGGUAGUUAGAAAUUGUUUAACAUCCUAAUUAUGCACGUCCUGAGUGUGGAUUUUUGUAUUUCCAGAGAGGUUUCUCAGCUGGCCAAACAUUUCCUUCUCUCUUAUUUAAUCAUUGCUCUUUAGAGUGCUCCCCGUAUGUUACAGUGCCUUAACGUCUCAUUCAAAUUAACCAGUUCCUUCCUCUUUUUCAGCUUAUAUUCUUGAAGCCUAAACAUUUGAAGUGGCCUAAUCAGCAAUCUUUUGGCUGUCUUUGUACUAAUUAAUAAAGGAUAUAUUAUAUUAGGUAUUAAUUAGUUUAGUGUGCAUCAUCAGAGGCAUUAGACGUCCACUAACCAUCAACCACAUUCAACAGUGUCAUUCACCAGGUUCUACUUUGUCUCUUGCUCAGGUUAUUCUUUUCUUACUAUUGUAAUACAGUCCAGUUUUUUUUUUUGGGUUUAUGUUUUUGUGAUGGAGAUAGAAAAAGAAAAGAAGAAAGGAAUUUUAUUAUGUGAAUAUCGCAAUUUUAAAAGGUUCUGUAACUUAUUCCUCUACCCUUUGGUGGUUAUUUUUCCUAGUAAAACAUUGCCUUAUAUUAUUUUUUUCUAACAUGCUUCACAAAAGUCUGCAGUUUGUAAUUUCAAAAUGCAAAGCAACCUUGCUUUGGGAAAUAAAAGCCAUUAUUACUACAAAGGAAA